AUGACAACUCCCCAACUCUUACCUUUGCAUAUCGAUUACGAUGGCCCAGCACCCGUAGACACGUAUUUUCACCCCGCCAAAGACUCUAAUGGAACCCAUAUAGCUGCAUUUAGAGGACGAACGCUCUGUGGUGUUGACCUACCGCUUCCUGCGGGAUAUACAGGCGCUGUUCUCUCAACAAAAUCAGACAAAAACGGAGAAAAACGACUCGAAACUGCGUCUACAUUCUCUGAGAUCACACUCUGGAGGCCCGACAUACCGGUUGACGUAAAUGCAGAUGAAUACGCUCGAGCUAUGGAUGAGUGGACGAGGAUGGCUACACUGAUACAUAGCCCAGAUGAAGAGUAA